AUGGCUCCCGUCGAUUCCAACCUUGUAACAAGGCAGUCGAGUAGUGGCGAAAGCUGCCCGAGUACCAUUUCCAGUGGUGGUAUUGCAGGUAUCGUCCUCGGCUCGAUUGCAGGGACACUCCUUCUUAUCUGGCUCUGGCGUGCUUGUCGAUUGCCUGGUGCUACAGGCAGUAACACCAGCUCUGGCGUUGUAUAUGAGUCGCCUAUUGUGCGCAGCUCCUACGGUCAAAGAAGACGUCGCGGUUCCUCCGGUACUACAUAUGUCGAGAAGCCCACGAGUACACGAUUAUAUAAAGAUGAAGUGAGAAAACCAGCUCGAAUUUAUGCAGCGGGCUAUUAG